GGGAGGAGAGGUAAGUAUAAAAGACUUGCUCGGAGGAAUUAGGAAAUAUUCCGGAGGAAAAAUAGACUGACUGAUAUUUCCAACACUUCUCAUUCCGUACUUAACUUACGGCAAAGAAAGAGGCCCAAAGAUGAGAACCCUUCUUCAGAUUCUGGCACUCUGUGCUGUGCUCUCACUUUGCCUUGGGAGAAGUAGAGCUACCCGUUCAAAUUCAGACUCCAAUGAAAGCACAGAAUCCAGGGAAGAUGUGUUUGUGGCCCCGAGGCGAGCCAAUUCCUUCAUCACGCCACAGAGACACACCGCAUACAACUUGCCCAGAGGAAAUGGCUACAACAGGUACUUUGUGAGUCGGAGGGUCAAGUCGCCGGCAGAGAGACGUGCAGAGGUCUGCGAGGAUUACUCUCCCUGCCGCUUCUUCGCCUAUCACAACGGCUACCAGGUGGCCUACCGGAGAUACUUUGGAACCCGCACUCCUGACAGGAGACCAACUGCAGCUCGUCGAUAUUAAACAACAUGCUGAUAUUAAACUUACAUGCGCACACAAUAAUAAAACAGCCAAAGUAUUUUCAACAUGCGGAUAUUGUAUAUGUUUGCAACAGACACAUUUCACCUACUGGCAUUAAUCUAUGACCUAAGUUAUAAUGGUGGGCUCCUCUGGAUGUGAGUAUUUUGUAAAUGAUGACAUUACAUUAUCAUCAUUAACGUACACAUUCGUGGUCCAUCAUUUGUAUGUAUCAACUGAUCACAUCAUUUAUAAGCUACGUGUAUGUUUGUUCCCUAUAUAUUAAGCAUUCGCUCCUCUAUCCGCACUUCUUUAUCCAUGACCCACCCGCAGCUCUGCUGUCAGUGAGAAAAUAAAAAUAUUUUAUUUUG